UGUUAUAGGUUGUCUUAUCAAAUGUAAGAUUACAUAUGCUUACUAUACAGUCGGCCACUUUCACCUGUUGUCUUUCAGAUUGUCCCACACACUGCCAUUCAUACUUCACCAAGAUACAGCAUACUUUCAUGCUAGAUCCAAACCUGUUAAAGACCGGACUUUAUAUUUAUAAAAAAACAAUUAGUAGUAUAUACCGUCAGACUAUGCAAUGUUAUUCAAGGUAGUAUGCGACACAUUGAAUAUUAUCAAAUGUUCGGCUUCGGUGAAUGCUCCCAGUGUUAUAAGCAUGGUCUCCGGCCCAGUAUUUGAUAACUGGGCAAAUUUUACUGUCAAACAAAAGUUGAGGUCUAUCCACCAUAUUCGUAUUCAAACUGACAGAAAUAUCGGAAAAUUAAUUCCUCAUGACAGUAAUCUAGAGAAUAUAUGCCUAUAGGUUCUUGUCUUUCCAAACAUUUUUACGCUGUAUCACAACAUACUGCCAAUUGGACCAUCAAUAAAAUGAUUUGUUUUCACGACACACUUUGAAUAAAAAGAUAUGAGACGAAUCCCUACUGAUAUAAAUGUUGGGAACUAGUGCAUCGGGAUGAGCUUUGACGUCCAUAUAGUCAUUUCCUUGUGUGCGAAAUAGUCCUGUUAAAUGUAGAAUAAUACAGAAUCCUCUUUCCUUGAAUGUAAUCUAAAUGAUUUUCUUGCUUCUUAAAUCCCUUUAUUUCAAGAAUUUUACGUUCAUGAUAGUUGGUACAACUAGUUUGCCGAGUGCUGUUUCAGGUACUCAAGUUCUCACCACAAUUAUGAUCUAAAGAUAUGUUAUCUGUAUGGCCAAACCAGAGUAGGUGGGACGAGCCUUAAACGUACAGCUCUAUAGUCAAAAGCCAAUAGUUCUAAUCAUUAACUGCAACUGCGAUUCAAGACUUUUUUAUACUUAGUUCAAGAGUAAGGGGGGUGAGCUCUAUAACUGCCUUAACAGUUUCUCUUAGGGAUGAGUCACUAGCACUAAUUUAAUGGAUUAUGUCACCCCAAUAAGGGGUAUAAGAAGCUCAUGUUAAAGUUCCCUAUCUAUAAAGUAGAGGGGAUACUCCAGUACUUAAGAGUUGGGCGUAUGGAUCAGCACUGACUGUGCCGAUACAAAUCAAGACAACUUGAAUCGGCACAUAAUUAUUUCAAUUCUCUUUAUUAUAUGUUUCAGGUUGGAAGCCAAUGUAGUUAUUGCAAUUACUAAGUGCAUACUAUAUAGUAAUCUAGUAAAAAUUUUUAUUUCAGUGCUUUGAAUUAUCUCAAUAAUCUAAGUUAAAUACUAGAGAAAUGGAACUUGAUUCCUUGUGCGAACAUUGGGAUUCGACUUUGGAUAUUGACGAAGAAAAUUCUGAAACUGUCGCUGAAUCAGAACAGCACCCACGCCUUUCAUUAUAUAAAAACAAAGGUCGAGCUAUCGAUCAGGAAAAACGUUGGCGUCAAAAACUCAGCAUACUUAAAUCUAAAAAAGAACGAUUAGAUCAUUUCGAUCAUAAUCGCUUUUCUGUGAAUAAAGAAGAGCCCUCAAAACACCCUUGGGCAUCAACUGAAACAAAGUCAGAAAUAAGAAGUUGGCGUCGUCACUCGAAACUUUUAAUGCUAGCAGAGUGGUUUCUAUUUAUGCCUCCAAAUUUUGGAGAGGAAUAUCGGAUGAAAAUUUGUCCUAAAGGGCGCCAUGUAUUUAUCAAGGCUUCAAAAGGAAAGACUACAGUAUAUACUAGAAAUGGACGUCAACUGAUAUCCUCUGUUUCACGACUUCCAGGAGGUGGUUUAGGCCAAAGUGAUAAUCAGAACAGUUCAUAUACAACUUUAUUAGAUUGCAUAUUAUACUGUCCGGAAAAGAAUAUGGAUUUCAGUAAUUUCCAAAUGGCAAAUGAAACAAAGCAAGUGACUUUUGUCUUCUACGUAGUUGACAUCAUUUUUAUGAGAUCGACAGGCUAUGUCAAUCUACCUUUUUAUGAACGAUCCCAAUGGUUAGAGAGUUAUCUCAAGCAACAAAUAGAGGAGUAUAAUGAAAGUGAUCCCGUUGCUUUUCACAUUCUGCCGUCAUAUGAAUGUGAUGUAGGAUCAAUGCAAGACGCAUUCUCGUCAAUCCCGUCAUACGAGAUUGAUGGUGUUCUAUUUUACCACAAAGAUGUUAAUUACGAACCUGGAGUAACUCCUCUUGUUAGCUGGUUGAAACCAUAUAUGUUACCGGAAUGGUUUCCCGAUAUCAAUUAUCAUUCAGAUUUCAUGAAAGAUAUUCCUGACGAUUAUACUGACUAUAUUAAUGGAAUACAACAAUAUGAAGCUAAAAUGUCUUCAAAAUAAUUACAUUCCGUCAUCCAGCCAACAAUUCCUGAAUAGAUCCACGUAGUAAUUUGCCAUCACUCUUAAGAGGGAAAUUCCACUGAUUAGCUUUUUUGCAUAAAGAUCAUUGUAGUACCUUGUUGGUUCGUGGUUUUCUUUACUUACAUGAAAACAACUAUUACAUGUUGAAGCCUUCCAUACUCACAUAUCCAAGUGUACUUUUUCUCUAGAUUAUCCGUACAAUAAUUUCCCUUCUUCACUAAUCAGAUAGUGUGAAUUAACAAAUACCCUGGGUUUGUUGAGCAAGGCCAACCGUUAAUAAGUUUUUGUAAUGCACGCAUAGUUGCACAUAAUUGUAUAAAAAAACUCAAAUGUAAGUGGAUUUAUAAAUACACAAGCUUCAUCUGUUACCUUGUCUCAGAUAUCUUAUUUCGAUAGAUUUAGUGCCAACGAUCACCUUUUUUCAAGCGUAACAUCAGCUUGUGCACGUACCAAGGACGUUGUAUCAAAAUGCCGCAAAAUCUAGUUCUAUUCAUUGAGCAAAUUAUGGUUUGUUUAACAAUAGGAAUGGGACAUAACUCUAAUCACACAUGUAAUUCUGGCGAUCAGUGUACCCUUGUUCGCAGCCUUUUUCCUGACUUUUAACGAAGUCAACUGCGUCAAGAAAACUGUCGAUAUCACUAAGAUUUCAGUGUAUCGUGGUCAUGCUCGGAUGACUCAAUACUCACUACUUAUUAUC